AUGACAGUGACCUCCCGUCGGUCCAUUUCCUUCACACUCCACAUCCACAAAGCGCAGUGGUCGGCUCGAAAUAAGUGGUUCCGUGAAGCUAAAGUCCAGGUUCAAUGCAGCCUCCUGGACGUUAGAUGGCAGCAUCCGCUUCUUAUCUGCGACCCUUCCCUUAUUGCAAACCAAAACAAAAGCAGAAGAAUACAGCUCGUUCACAAAGAUCUGGUAAAUCACUCAACAGAGAUGGGGGCCUUCACUUCUAGAUCUAAGAAAAAUCUAACUCGAACUGAGCAACUAGAGAACAUGGACAAGGAAAUUAAAGAGUUGAUGGACUUUCAAGCGAAGAAUCAACGCCUGCAGAGGCUUUGGGUGGGUAGACUGCUGGUCUACUCCUCUGUCCUCUACCUUCUCACUUCUCUCCUUGUCUACUGCGUAUUUCUACCUGAACGCUGGAUACAACGCUUCACUAUGGCCAUGCCCUUCUUUGCAUAUCCAGUUGUAGUGUGGUUCAUUCGGAAGCUCUUCAUUUAUCUGUUCUCCAAACGAACAGAAUCCAACAAUGAUAAAUUGGAAGAGUUAAAAUUGUCCAAAAAGAAAAUGCUUGAAGAGGUGAUGGAAACGGAGACAUACAAAAAGGCCAAACAGAUCCUGGAGCAGUUUGAUCCAGAUGCUGUCAAAAAACAACCUCAACUAUCCCCUCGACCAUCACCUGGCACAGAGCUGCGGCUGAGGGGCGUUCCCAUGGGCUCAGCUGUGACUGCGGCUCCAGGAGGGCCCCCAGAGAGGUUGGCUCUGUCCUCCCCUCUCAUCCAAGGACCACUUCCAGGGCCUAUCUUCACUGCCAGAGCAGGAGGUUUGCAUCCUCCUGGGCCUCCUCUUAGCCGCCCCAUUUUGCCCCAAGAACGGGGUGCAUUUGACAGAGUGGUGGAGUACCUAGUGGGAGACGGUCCACAGAAUAGAUAUGCACUAAUAUGUAAGCAAUGCUUUUCCCACAAUGGAAUGGCCCUAAAAGAAGAAUUUGAAUUUUUGGCUUACCGCUGUGCAUAUUGUUACUUCUUGAAUCCUGCAAGGAAGACACGCCCUCAGGCCCCUAGGCUUCCAGAGUUUAGCUAUGAGCGGAGACUGAGAGCAGAGGGGUCGCCCUCUCGUGGCAAUACUCCUUCAAUUGCAGAUGAAGAUGAGAUGGAAGAAGGAACAGUCAGUGCCAAUGAAAUGAGCGACAGCGAGACAGAGGUUAAAUUGGUAGAAGAGUCUGGAACGAGUAGCUUAACCCAGACCGAACCCUCACUGGAACCGUCUGGACCAGAGACUGUAGAGUAG